UCAUUCGUGACGAAGAAGGUGCAUUUACUCAUGACAAUGGAAACAAAACAGGAUGACGUGGAAGCCGAUGGUUCUGAAGUUCGAGCACAAGCUGGAAGAGGUGGACACAUGCCACAAGUUCGAUCGACACCAAUCGUUCUUCCAAAUCAAGUGGCUUCUAUGCCAGUUAGAAUGACAGUGAGUUACACAGAGAAACAUCAUAUGUCUUUGCCUUGGGACUUAUUUGGUAGGCAAGUGUCUCAUGUGUUUGUGCAUGCCUGUCGUUUGUCUAUCGGCGACACCGACUGUGAGUGUGUAAAGUGUGGCAGGGUUCAAUUACCGAUUUUUUAACAAAUUAAUUAAAUGAGAAAAUAAAAAAAAAUCGGUUUCAACAACCUUCCGGCUCACAAUGUUCUGGAUAUGAUUUCUCGGACCAACUCUAUGAUGGUUGUUCAAGCACUAGAACCUCUGGAAAUUGCAACAGGAAUCGAGACGCCAAAUCAAUAUGUUGUUCAUGAUAUGUACUGUCGUCCGAUUAUGAAUUGUAUGGAAAGAUCCAAUGGAUUUGCUCGUCAAAUGCAAGGAUCUCAUCGAAGCUUUGCAAUGAUGUGUACAGAUUUAUUUGGUGCACAUGUUAUGCAAUGUCACAGAGAUCAGCCUUGGGGAUCAUUCACGGAUCACUUGACUACACAGUUUCUGGGACAGAAUAUUGGAAUUAUGUCGAGAACUCAUGGGGAUGUCAAUUUCCAUCUUCUCGGCGCGGGAAGCAAUCAAUCUCUUCUGAUCCGUUCUCCGUUGUUUGCUGCAAGUGGUGGAACCAGAAGCUUCCCAGUUAUGACCUACAAUGGAAUGAGAGUUGGUGAAAUUGUUCGCCUUUAUCCUGGAUAUAUGCAAGAAAUGUACUCUGAUGCAGAUACUUAUAUUGUGCAUUUCCCAAUGGAUCUUCCACCAAUCUUGAAGCUUUUGCUCAUCUCGUCUGUAUUCCUUAUCGAUUUCACAUUCUUUGAAAAUAAUGGACAACAAAAUAACAUGUAUCGUGGAUAUGGAGGAUCACAUUAUGUUAGACAACGUUCUUACCAUAGUGGAUUCUCUUCUGGAUAUUUCCCUGGAUUCUAUUGAUUUUUUGGGUAUUAGUGUGAUGUCAAAUGGAUUCUUUCAAAUUCUGCAUUUUAUUUAUUAAAAAAGCCUUCGUUUCAAA